GACCUCUCUCACGCGUCUUCGAUCUCCUCCCGAACCCCUCUCAUCAUAACCUCAUCUCACGCCCAGUGCUUCGAGGUUUUCGAUCGAUUGAUGGCGGAGGAGAAACUGAGGCCGAAUGUGAUCACUUUUGUUGGAGUUCUGAGCACGUGCAAUCACGAUGGAUUGGUGAAGUAAGGGCGGAGGUACUUCAACUUGAUGGUGGCAGAGUUCGAAAUCGCACUCUGGAUCGAGCACUACGGCUGCUUGGUGGACCUCCUCGCCCGCGCCCGCCUCAUCAGCUAUGCCCUCGACCUCAUCGCUAGCAUGCCUUGCAAGCCCGAUGCCAUGAUCUGGCGGAGUCUCCAGUCUCCUCAUUGCCUACAGCAAGGGAAACGCUGGCGUUCAGAUCAACGAAUUGGUAGCCUGGAAAGCCCUCAAAUCCACCAACGAUAACUCCAAUGGCAUCUAUGUGCUGCUCUCCCAAGUCUAUGCCUUGGCCAACCAUUGGAACUAUGCAAGCGCCAUCCACUAGAUGUUCGCGAGGAAGGAGCCGGGCUGCAACACCAUCGAGAGGAGCGGCGGGGCGAUGCAUCAGUUUGUCGUCGGCGACACGUCCCACCGGCGGGCGGCGGAGACUACAAUAAGCUCCGAGAGGUGGAGGGGAGGCUAAUGGAGGCGGGGUACGCGCCAGACGUAGUGCAGGCAACGACUGUGGCUGAGGGGGAGGUGGGGGCGUUAAGGUUGCACAGCGAGCGACUGGCGUUCGCGUUGGGACUGCUGGAGGCGAAGGCCGGCGAGCCGAUCCGAGUGAUGAAGAACUUGAGGGUGUGCGGGGACUACCACGCCAUGAUCAAGCUCGUCUCCAAGGUUUACGACGUGGUGAUCAUGAACAUAGAAGUCUGCUGAUGUUACUCAAGAUGUAAUCACUGAGCAUAAAAGGGAGCUAAUGGAGGUGAGGAAGAAAAUUGUAGAGCAAGAUGCACGUAUACAAAACCUUGAAGUAAUGGUGUAUAAAAUGGGUGCAUGCGACAUUUCGAUUGAUGACAAAGGCAAUCGCUUACUGAAGUUGCAUCCCAUGAAUGAAGAUGACAUGAAGAUCGAUGAUCAUGACCCACAGAUUUUGUGUCAAGUUGAUGCUUUACAAGUAUAACACUAGUUGUAGUUUUAUUAAUUGUGGCAUAUUGAUUUUGUGACUUUUGUAUUUUAGGGUAAACCAGUUGCAUUGACAUUCAAGUUUAUGUAAGUUUAUUAUCUUAUUUUAGCU